CUGACUCUGACCAUUGACUUGAAUUGGAGAGCCCUGAAUUGAACAAAGCUUUAAAACAACGUGGCAUUUUCGUCGAUAUUUUAGUCAUAUCACUGUGAUAUAUGACUUCACAAUGAUUUUAAAACUUUUCCAAAGCUUAAUUUAUUGUGUAUUGGCCGUUUUAUGUUUGUAUUGUGGGUUUUCUUUUGCAUUUUUUACGACUAUUGAACCGUACGAGGAGCAGUGUUAUCACGAGAAUAUUAAGAGAGGACAAGUUUGGGGGUUCUUGUAUGAAGUUUCAGAAGGUGGAUUUCUCGAUAUAGAUGCUAAGUUAACAGCCCCGGAUGGCAAUCAGAUGUAUGGACAAGAAAAGAAAACAGAUGAUUCCUAUUUUUUUACUGCUGAACAAGAGGGCAAAUAUGUAUUUUGUUUAGCCAAUCAGAAGUCCUCGUUAGUGCCAAAGUCAGUUUACUUUAUGUUUGACUUUUUGAAUGAUGAAAAACGAUUUGAUGAAGGUGAAGGUGGUCAAAACAAGACAGUGUCAGAAAUUGAGAAAUUGAUUGGAGAGUUAAGUAUUGGAGUGAUUAAAACUAAACGUAAACAAGAACAGUAUGAAGUAAGAAUGGAAUUACAUCACAAUAUUAAUUUACACACAAAUCAAAUUGUGAGUUGGUGGUCAUUUUUUGAAUUCAUCUUAAUCAUUGGCAUGGCCAUUGGUCAGGUGUAUUACAUCAAACAUUUCUUUGAAGUACGCAGGGUUAUAUAGGGCUCUUAUCAAAUUGAGAUAUUUAUGAUGGAGAGUAUCAUUUAUUUUGGCUCCCUUCUAACAUAUCAAGGCUGCAUAAAUAAAGACCUUAUGAAGAUUUUAUUUCUCCAUUGACAUGCAUGCAUGAUUUACAUCUCUCAUGGUAAACUCAUCUUAAAUUUCAUCAUUUACACAAAAAUGAUGUCUAUAAGACUGUUUAUUCUAUUCCUGUUCACCAAAUCACCUGGUUUGUGUUGCCUGCUGUGUUUCUUACUUAUUUUUUCUAAAUUUGGAGAGCAUGUCUAAUUGUUGCCCACAUUUUUGUGUUUUAAAAUAUUUCACAGAAAAUCACCAUGAAUUCUUAGCAUCUUUCAAA